CCCCCUUUGUCCUCCUCCGUUCGACCUCGCGCGCAUCACCUCCUCAGUGGCGGCGCCUCCCACCUCCGUUCGACAACUCGGGACCCACGACAGUUGCCCAGCCGUCGUUCGACCUCAGGACAACACCUCGUUCGACUUGAUUCAUUCGCAGAACAAUAUUUAACUGAUUCAUCCGAUGAGGAAGCAGAAGUCACUGUAAAUGCUGUUGAAAAUGGCAAAGGUUCUGAAAAUGUUGAGGCAGCCAAGCCCGUUGUUGGUAAAAGUAAUGUUGCCAAAACUGAAGCUUCUGGAAAGUCAAAAGUUAAAGUUGUGGAGCCAAGCAAAGAUGAUGAGGAUGAUGACAGUGAUGAUUCUGAUGAUGAUGAAUCUGCUGAGAUGGACUCAGAAGAUGAAUCUGAUGAGGACAUGAUUGAGGGAGAUGACAGCGACUGCGAUGAGGAAGAUGAUGAAGAGACCCCUAAGAAGCCGGAAAUGAUCAAGAAAGGGCCUACCGAGUCUGCAUCCAAGACUCCUGUGUCUUCUAAGAAAGCCAAAGUUGCUUCUCCCAAAUCUGAUAAGAAGGCUGCCCAUGUUGGAACCCCACACCCUUCAAAGAAGGUUGCUGCCAAGAGUCCCGCCACAACAGAUAAAUCAAAACAGACCCCAAAAUCUGCCGGCCAAGUCUCUUGCAAAACUUGCUCCAAGAGUUUUAAUUCUGAUAAAGUGCUCGAGUCUCAUUAGAAGGCGAAACAUGUUUGAGUUCAGAAUGGGAUGAAAGUAGGGAGGAUGCUUUUGCAUUUUCUUCUAUAAGUUUCUACAAUAAUCUUUUGCAGCAAAUGCAUCUCUUUUAGACUUAAUUGUGCUGACUCUUUGCUGGAAGUGACAUAUUUCAUUGGCGGGUUCGGUAUUGUUGCUUGGGUUGAUGUCAAGGAAUAUGAAGCCAUUCAACCUGAUAAGAUUACAGUUGAUGGUGGGGAGGAGAAUCUAAAGGAACUCAAUGCAAUUUUUUCAAAGGCUUUAAAAGAACUGUUGUCUGCUGAAACUGAAGUGGAUGAUGUUGCACUCAUAUCUAUAGACAGCAAGGGAACCAAUGUUUGGGUUCGUCAAGGUGCACAGUUCAACAUACAGAGAGUUUCAUUUGAUGAAGAACAUACUGUGCAGACACUAGAAGAAGCCAAGGCUGCCCUUUGGAAGCUAAUAAAGAAGGUCUAGUAGUAUAUAAUUUGCAGAAAUAAAAGUCGAGAAGAGUGGUUUCAACAUAAUUCUUUCGUUUAAUAAGAUUCAAGGCUUGCAACAACUCCCAUCUUUUUCAACCCAAGUAGUAGAGUACAAGUAUUUUACAUCUUAAUUUUUUUUUCCAUUGCAAUGUAACUUAUUUGUUAUCAUUCUAGUCCUGAAACAAAAAGAAAGCUAUGGUAGAGUAUCUAAGUUUGAGUUUUUUGUUUUCCAUUAGGUCAAGCUUGGUGUGCUUGUAAAAAUUUUUGUGGGAAAAUAUGGAAAAUUAUAUGUGAGAAGUAUCAAUAAGUUUGAGUUUUUUGUUUUCCAUUAGGUCAAGCUUGGUGUGCUUGUAAAAAUUUUUGUGGGAAAAUAUGGAAAAUUAUAUGUGAGAAGUAUCAAUAAUCUUUAUUUGCCA